AUGCAACAGAGCAUAUGGAUACCAAACACAUGCUUUAUCAAUUCCAAAAAUGCUCUGAUCCACAGCUCACCGUUCAGAAAUGUGUUCUUCAUGAUUUUUCCUAACGGGUCUAUUUGGUCCAACUGGAGAGUAAAAAGCAGAGGACCAUGUGUCAUUAAUUUGGCCAAGUUUCCUAUGGAUUACAUUUCUUGCUUCCUAACUUUAGAAUCUUAUAAUUACGAUACGCGGCAUGUUCGAAUGGAGUGGAAUAAACCAGAAGCUGUGUUAAUUUUUAAGCAAAUUGAACUACCUGAUUUUAUUAUGGUCAAUUAUUCAAUAUCAUCGCAACAAACGCUAUAUGCAGCAGGCGUUUGGGAUGAGCUAACCAUAUCAUUUUUGUUUCGAAGACGUAACGGUUUUUAUAUGCUUCAAGGUUUUAUUCCUACCUUAAUGACCAUAUUUAUUUCCUGGAUCCCCUUCUACCUCAGCCCAACAGCAAUGCCAGCUCGAACAAUGAUUGGCGUAAAUGCUCUCCUAGCAAUGACAUUUCAAUUUGGCAGUAUUGUCAGAGACCUACCUCGAGUUAACUACCUCAAAGUGAAGUUUUUACCGCCUUCUGUGCUCUUCUGA